GGUUGGCUUCGGUGUGUCGAAAACAAAAGGAGGGAUGGUGAACUAUGAUGUGAUGGUUGGAGGUGUUUACAACGGUAGUGGCUAUGCAAAGGACUAUUUGACUAAAAUGCAGUCUAUGCCGAUGCCACCAGAUGCAGAACAAAAUUACAAUCUGACGAGCUCCUGGGAAAUGGACGGCUACACAAGCUUGAUGUUCUCCAGGAAGAGAGACACUGGAGAUACUCAAGGCGACGUAGUAAUCGAGGUGAGAUCGAUAGAGAUCCAAUCCAAAAUUUAUGGUGCAUCAUGCUACUUUACCAUAAUAAUAUGCAUACCAUUAAAAUUACGUAAAGCCGCGUCAUGUUGCUCUGACGGCAGUUUCCACCGGCCUGAUAUUGAUCGAGCGUAA